AUGUUUAAUACAAAAUUUAACUUUAAAAGGAGGCUUGUGCCGCUGUAUUCGUCUUUGUUAUUGAUUUUAUUUAUUAGUGCUGUGUCCCCAGGUGCAAAUGAUUUACACUUCUAUGAUGGAGUUUCUACAGCAGAUGUUAUAUUUGGCGAUGUAUUUUUCGAAAUAUUGGAUCCACCUGAACUCAGGUACUCUUAUAGAAUCAGGCCCGCAAAAGAUUUUGGAGCCCCCUUUAAUGAGAGUAUACGUUUCGAAAAUACUCGUUUAGUUCCCACAAUACCUCUUCACAGUUGUGCCGAUAUUGUCAAUCAUGAAGAUAUUGUUGGGCAAAUUGCUUUAUCAGAGAGAGGGGAGUGUUCAUUUGUAUAUAAAACAGCAAAAGCUCAACAAGCUGGAGCGAGAGCAAUCAUUAUUACUGAAUCAAUAGACAAAUGGGAUGACAAUCUUGAUCACCUAAUAGAAAUGGUUGAUGACAAAAUGGAGCUUGAUGUUAAUAUACCAGCUGCAUUUCUUCUUGGUCGAAGUGGUGCAACAAUAUUACGUACAUUAAGAAAAUUAAGGAAAACUUAUGCAGUUGUGAAUCUGCCCAUCAAUAUGACGCAUGUGCCAAUUAGUAAAAUGAACCAACCACCUUGGAUAGCAUGGUAA